AUGUUCGUCAACGGCGAACGUAUUGCAAUCGCUCGCCAAGCAGUUCAUUUGGUAGGCAUGGAGAUCGUAGCGAGGGCACCUCCCACCGUGACCUGCGAGGACGAGAUCGAAGCCGUGGUCGAUCCAGGGAACGUAGCUACUACGAUGAUUACAACGAAUACGGUGGGCAACGCUAUUACGACUCGUACCACAGCUCUGACUACUCGUCUUGCAGUCGUUCCCGACCGAACCGGCAUUCUGGGUAUUCCGACUAUCACAGUCACGGUGACGCUCACGAGCGAUCUCCUUCACGUCGGAACUACCAUGAUCGACACCGCAGUGCUCGUAGCCGCUCGAGAUCUCGCCACAAUGCGGAAGCGCCAAGACGUUGGGGUAGAGGUCGAGAGCGCUCAGCUGGGCGCUCGGUAGUGACUCGUAGCCACUCGCGAGCUCGAUCAAGCGAUAGUACUCGGAAUAUUACACCAAUCCGAGGAGUACGAACGACUACGCUUCCAUUGGAGACGGGGUCACCUGAUGGUGAAUGGAGUGGCAGUAGGCAGCCACUGCCAACGGAUUCGGCGGACUCGUAUGUGACUGAAGAGGUUGCUAGUACCUGUCGUAUCGGUACUGGUACCAGUGGAAGCACUCAAGUCUUAAUGCUACCGAGUGACGUAUGACACUGACAAAUGCACGCAAGUUUUCCAGUAUCAAAUCAGUGUGGAACUAGGUGGCGAUACAACGUCUGCAACGACCGAACGUAGCGAAAGUCAAGGCACUCGACUGUUUGGUGGGCGCCGUCUAAGGAGAUCCUUAUUGCGACAGGUGGUGAACGAUGCAGUCCAGCAACAGAAUUUGGUGGAGUGCCAACUGUGUGUGAUGGUGCAAAUGCGCUGUUUUCUCCGUCUGCGUUACCUGUGCCUGAUGAAGGCAGAGUGCUCGACGUUCGCAGCAGUGCUAGGAACGGAUCUGGCGUUGACCUUCCAGGCGUCAAUAAGGGGAAAGCUCGGCCGUUUACUGUUAUUAUCAAACUAGUCAAGGAACUGGAUACAACGUUGCUGCAGAAGGCGUUCUCAGACUCGGCAGUGAAUGUGAAGCCGCUGGUUUAUGCUUUGGAUACUGUUGCAAAAGCUGGAAUUCGAGCUAUACUUUCGCGCGAAAUACCAUGUUCGACUUCGUUACCCGCAGUUGCCUGCAGCUAACCUUGGUGGU